AUGGCCACGACAGUACGUUCAGCUUUGAAGCUUGAAGACUUGUACCUCAUGCAAGCCCCCACAAUCAACCAGCAGAUAGAGUUUCAGGAGCACAGCAUCCCUAUCUGGCCCACACAGCUCCGGCGAUACACCCAGAUAACAAUGCCGGACGUCAUUCCACAUCACAACUAUAACGUCGAGGCCAUGCAGACUGAUUGGGCUCAGUCUCAAAUGCACGGUGAUUGGGAAGAGUUGGACCAUCCAUCAGGAGCUAUAUACCACUAUAACCCGAAAACGGAAUCAUAUGCGGAAAUCAACAUGAGGGAAUUUUCAGAUGCACAGCUCCAGAGACUUGAGUCGUGGAUCAAGGUGUCAAGAUCCAAACUAAAUGGCAGGAAAUGGUUGCUAGUAGUCGAGCCGCUCCGAAUGAGAGGAAUAGACAUCUAUACAUACUACUACGUGGUCCCGGAGAGAAGGGUCAUUGCCUGGCUAGAACCGGUGGAUGGCUAUAUUCUUUUCCAGGAAUGUACGACGGACUCGAACUGGAAGCUCAAUACUGGUGAGCUAAAGGUCACCAUUCUGAUGGAAGCAAAUGUUUCUAAUUGCACCAGGAAACACGUUGAGUACUUCCCCCACGGGAUCGACAUACCUCUCCAGGAUGUCAGGACUUUGCACAUUAAGUUGAAUUGGUAUCGCGUGGAAGCAUCCACCAUGGAACACUCAAUGGCGGCUUCAAUAUUUUGGAAACCCGACGAAAUGAAGGAAAUGGCCGCUGAGCUGGCCGCUAGGACUUUGCAAGAUAUGAUGGAGCUAUGGAUGGAACAUGUACCGUCAUCUAUGACAUUUCCUGAUCGAAUAUUCAAAGGCCAUCACGAAUACCUAAAUCACCAUGGCCAACCCGAAGCGCGCUUGAUGCGAAUGCACUCAGUGACCGGGAAAUGUGGGCCCCUCAAAAAGUCUCCCUUCCUGACUGGCGCUGCAGUCGCUAUGUUUUGGAUUCCAUUCAUAAUGCUAGACCGUCUUAAACAUGUUUAUGUCGAUGGCCUCAUAAAUGGGGUGGACAUCAGGAGAUUUACUGAUGAUUUCAGCACCCAGGCCAAAGCUCAAACUACCGUGGCAAGUGUCAUUAUGGCGGUCAACGCCAGCAUCCUUGCAGUUCCAGGUUUAGGCACACAACUGGCUACGAAGGCGUUGUGUUCCAUCUCUUUCGUUCUCUGUGUCUAUUGCAUCGUUGGGUGCAUGAUUGCACAACAAUUGGUUCAGAGAUUGAGAUACCUUGACUUUUCAGCAUAUUACUUACAAGAGGAGAUGGGCACUUUUGCAAUCCUUGCGAGUAUACCGAUGUUCACAUUUCUGAUGAGUUUGGCAUUUGCCAUCAUUGGAGUUCUAGCAGGGAUCUUCACCGUUGGAUUUGGCCUUCCCUUGUCCACAAGGAUCGGAUGCGGGCUGAUCCUCAUUGUUGGGGGAGGGCUUGUGAUUCCAUUGACGAUGGCCAGCUUUGGGCCUGGACUGAUCCAAUGA